AUUCACUCGCUGUUCCGUUUCUCGUUGAAUCAAACUCGUUUCGUUCCAUCUGAAAAAUUCUCUACCUGCAAGAAGUUCGGAAUCUCCACUUCCAUGGAUAUUGCAAUCUCCACUCCAUCGCUUCACCUUUACUCCUCUCCCCUUUCCUUCAAUUCCCGCACUGCGAUCUCGCUUCAGGCUCCUAGAGGUUGGAAUGCGCAUUCCACGGGCUUGCUCUUCGGUUCUCAUCGGGUUGGGCGAAGGAUCAUCACUGUCAAAGCAGAUCAGUCUUCUUCUGGAGCCACGGACGAUGGUUUCAUCAUCGAAGACGUCCCUCACUUGACAGACUUUCUUCCUGACUUACCGUCAUAUCCAAAUCAACUGCAAAACAGUCGGGCUUAUGCAAUUGUCAAGGAAACUUUUGUAAAGUCAGAAGAUUUUGUUGCACAAAAAAUUGUAGUUACGAAAGAUAGCUCUAGAGGAGUACAUUUUCGGCGUGCAGGUCCCCGUGAAAAGGUUUAUUUCAAGUCAGAUGAGGUGCGUGCUUGUGUAGUAACAUGUGGGGGAUUAUGCCCUGGGAUUAACACAGUGGUUCGGGAGAUAGUCUGUGGCUUGAACUAUAUGUAUGGUGUUAAUGAUAUACUUGGAAUUGAGGGAGGAUAUAGAGGGUUUUACUCCAAAAAUACAUUAAAAUUGACACCUAAAGUUGUCAACAAUAUCCACAAACACGGUGGUACUUUUCUUCGUACUUCACGAGGAGGCCAUGAUACAAAUAAGAUUGUUGAUAAUAUCCAGGAUCGUGGAAUAAAUCAGGUGUAUAUCAUAGGUGGUGAUGGUACUCAAAGAGGAGCAGCUUUGAUUUAUCAGGAAGUUGCAGAACGUGGUCUUCAAGUUGCUGUUGCUGGGAUCCCCAAGACAAUUGAUAAUGACGUUGCUGUGAUAGACAAAUCUUUUGGUUUUGAUACUGCGGUCGAAGAAGCCCAGAGGGCCAUUAACGCUGCUCAUGUUGAGGUCGAAAGUGUAGACAAUGGAGUUGGAAUUGUUAAACUCAUGGGUCGAUAUAGUGGUUUUAUUGCCACCAUUGCAACUUUGGCAAGUAGAGACGUGGAUUGUUGCUUAAUACCAGAAUCUCCAUUCUACUUGGAAGGGACUGGAGGGCUCUUUGAAUUUAUAGAACAGCGGCUUAAAGAGAACGGGCAUGUGGUUAUUGUGUUAGCAGAAGGAGCAGGACAGGACUAUGUAGCUCAAGACAUGCAUGCAUUUGAGGAGAAAGAUGCAUCAGGAAAUAGAUUACUACUAGAUGUCGGUCCGUGGUUAUCUCAAAAGAUUAAGAAUCAUUUUACAAAGGUUCAGAAGAUGGCAAUAAAUAUGAAAUACAUAGAUCCUACAUAUAUGAUUCGAGCUAUCCCCAGUAAUGCUUCGGAUAAUGUAUAUUGCACCCUUCUUGCUCAGAGUGCUGUUCAUGGUGCCAUGGCUGGAUACACUGGAUUCACUGUUGGACCUGUUAAUAGCAGACACGCUUAUAUUCCAAUUUCUCGUGUUACGGAGACGCAAAACACGGUGAAGUUAACCGGCAGAAUGUGGGCAAGGCUUCUUGCAUCUACGAAUCAACCUAGUUUCGUGACAGAUAAUGAAGCACUGAACGGAGAAAAGGCUGCUGGUAUCAACAACGUCGAGAUUUCUACUCAGAGUUAAUGGUCAUUAGUUCGAUUCAUAUCGGAUUAAUCUCACUUCCAGAUUCUUUCAUGUUACCAGUCAGUAUGUUGGUUUGGCAAUUAGGAUUUUUGUGAGUACUCUUUGAUACACGAGCUCAGAGGAGCUCGCAACUAUGACUUUUGCUUCUUGCAUUUGCUCUCUCACACUCUCAUCUCAUUCAGACAACAGGUGCUGAACGAGAAGGGUGUUGGAAAAUUGUUCUCAAACAAAAUUCUGUUUUUUAGAUAAUGGUGGUCUACGAUAGAGCUUUAUUGCCUCUUUCUGGUUCAUUUUAGGUUUUGAGUUUCAUUUUGAUUUGGUUGUUAGGUUCCAAACUUAUACCUUCUUUUUUGUCCUUGAAGUUAGUCUUUUGUUUUUAACUUUUUAACAAACAAAAAAUGUGGCAAAAAUUUAUAAAUCUUUUGAAAGAAAAUAAUUAAAGAUUUUACUUCCAUCCUCUCUCCCUCCCACACCAUCUCUAGUGUACUGCCUCUCCCCAACCUCCACCGUUGCUUGUCUCCCCCACCUCCAAUGCGGAUGAAGCCCUCUUACGGGGGAGAGAAAGGGAGGAGGGCAUGGAGGUGGAGAGUCGACACGAUAAGAGGGUGAUAGAGGCGAGGACAUGGAGGUGGAGAGUUACAAUAAGAGGGUGGCAGAGGAAGGGAGACGACGUCGUAGCCAGACAUGAGGAAGGGGGUGGGGGGCAGCAAUAGGGUUAGUGCCAGAUGGGUGGCGAGGAUGGAGAUAGGGAGAGAGACUAUUUUUUAAUAAUUAUAAAAUUUUGUCGAUCCCAAGAGCAGUACUAUUGGUAAAAACUGGAGUUUCUUAGUCAUACUGGCUUAGAGUUUUCAAAUUCGAACAUUCUGGUGAGUUUAAUUUAAAAGCUUUUGAUAUCUUUUGAGUCUGGACUUGGGCGAGUAUUAAAAUUUCAG